AUGGUAGACCCCAACUUUGUACAGCAGCUGAACCACUCGAAGCAGAUCCGAGCGAAAAAUAGCCAUCUAUCACAGAAAUACUCAAAGUAUCUGUCCAAGACCCUGACUAAGCUCGUAUCCCCCGAGUCUGCCGAAACUGGACUACAAUCCAAAGUCGAAACCAUAUACUCUAAUCAGGAGUCGAUUGCACGACAGAAGGAUGAGCUGGUGAACACUUAUCAACAGUUGGGCACUAAGGCCAUGGAUUUGCAUAAAAAGCUGGAGAAAACAACAACAAGGUUGCACGAUAGCGGGGCAGACACCGCGCAAGGCAAAAUUGAGGUUCUCGAUAGGAAUAUUCGUGUCCUUGAAAACUGUAUUAAAUUAGUCGAAUCUACCAACACCAGACCCGCGCCUGUGAUAAAAGGUCUUUUUGGCUAA